AUGCGACCCAAGUGGCCGUACACGCAUGGCUCUCCCGACGCUGACAAGGUGCAGCCCGAAGCGUAUGCCCUCCAUCAGGCGCCGGUGGACAGCGUGGGAAGCAAAGAUGUUCAGCUGGGUCUGUUUUACGGCUACCGCGCCAAAUUGGCGCGGUGUCCCAAGCUCCAGCGGUCAUCAUCGCGCAUCCGUCCGUCCACCGUCGGCUCCCUGGUAGUCUCGCAAACUUCCCCCGUGGACAGCCUCACCGCGGCGUCAGCAGCAGCCGCCACGGACAUGGAUCAGUGCGAAAGGUGCAAAAAACGGUUCCCCGGCCCCAGACUCGUCCGGUGCGACACGUGCUUCACCAAAACUUGCCUCUGGUGCCAAUGCGAAGUCGUCGGCGGCCUGCACUCGCACAUCAACGACUGCUUCACCUUCCCCAACAACCCGGCCGCAGCCUUCGAUCCGCUCUUCAAGCCCUCUCUCGCCGUCUUCUCGCCUCGCCGGGGCCUGGCACAGCCCAUCCAGAGGCCAUUCACGGCCAUCCUGGACAAGACGUGGAUCCUCAAACGUCCCAAGGAAGACGCGUACCGCCUCCUCAUCGACUCGUACCGCCUCCGCGUCCACGAUUCGUUCCUGUUCGAGGGGGUGACGAGGCCAGACACCAUAUACAGCGGCUGCCCUGACUCGGAAAGCGACUUUGUUCGGUACCUCCAAGCCGCGCGCGCAAAGGGCCUCCUCCCGCCGUGGUGGACGCAGGAGACGCUCCAGGCAUGCCGGGACAUGGGCAUGGCCGACUUCCAGUUCCACUCGCUGAAGCAGCAGCUCAGCCAGGCCAUGGUGGUGGACUAUUAUCAGGAUGCGACGUUUCCCACGCAGCUGCGGCUCUUUGCGGAGGACGUCCUGGGGAGGGGGACGUGCCUCAGGAGCUGUCGACAGUCUCUCGAUGCGCUGGUGGACAUGGAGGGCCAAGAGGCUGGGGGGACGCGUAUUUUCGACUGGAAUGCCUACAACUCGGCCUACGCUCACCAGGACUGGGAGAGAAUCUAG